GGACCUAGAGAAAUAAACAGCGAGACUUAGUUUGGGCAACAAGUUGAGGCCUCGCGAUGCCGAAGACCCAUGCCUUCUCUGUGGUAAUCGGCGAUGAGCAUCCCAUGAUUGGAUGACGCCUUGAUAGACGAGGCUGAUGGAAAAGGCGAACGAGGCAGCAACCAGCGAAUAUGCAAGCCCCGCACACGAUGCGCCACCACCUUCUACAGCCUCUCCGGUGGCCAUAAUCGCGAACUUUGGAUCGAUCCCGAGUUCCUCGUCUUAUCCGACAAAUAUCUGGAAACGACUAUAGCACGUACCACGGUCAAGAUGCCAUUUGACAGCCAGUUCGCACUCAGCAUGGAGAUUACGCGGUUGGUCCCGCUGGGGGGCGUCAUCAACAAGGCAACGGAGACGGUGAUCAAAUUCGCAAGAGAUCUCCGGAAUACAGGAUCGGAUAUAAUGGUCGAAGCAGACCUGGCGGAGUUCUUUGGAAGAUGUCGCAUCGCCCGACAUAUGGAAUCUUCCUUCCGAACCCUUGUUGCCGUUUCCGGAGGCAUCACCGACCUUUGCGAUGGGCUGGGGUUGGUUACAACGCCGGGGCCGACGGUGUCGCGGAGCCUUAAACCCGGACAAGAGCAUUACCUCUCGACCGUCAUCCAAUGCUCUCUUCUUGCCUCGGUACACAACACAAGCUCGCUUGCAGGGGCAAUUGUCUUUGCCAUGGAGCAGAGACGGGACCAGGCUCCCCCCAAUGCCGAGUUCCAGUCAGUCCCCGGCCAUGCUAAUGUCGAAGGAGUCCUCGAUGCCUGCCUGGAGCAGACGUCCCGGUUUCGCUGGCUUGACCUGCUCAGUUCUGUUGCCGCGAAACUCGGACUGGAAGAGCACGAAGCAGCGGACCCAAUCGGACCAACGACAUUUAGAGGCUUGGCCUUGAUGUUUCCGCUCGCCCAGACCCUUCCUCAGGACCGAGAGAUUGUGGUCGACGGAUCGACGGGAACAUGCGUCCUGGUUGUGUGGGCUCACCAUGUACUGGGUCUCGACGUGGUCGUGAGGAUCCCGAAGAGGGAUGCACCAGGACAGGGUCUCCGCGACUAUAACGAUAUCUAUUUUGGAAACCCACCGGCCACGGUAACGAUCAGGGUGCCGCAAUCCUUGGAUGAAGGGGGCCCUCGUGUCAUUCUGCUCGAAUCCUCCAGCCCAGAGAUUCUUUUCUCCAUUCUUCAGGACCCCGACGAGGAGCAAGUCAUCACCUCCUCGGCCAAGCGACUAGCUCGUGGAAGUGCCAUGCGUGUCCUCGAGGCUGACUGGCAGGCGCGGACCAAGCGGGGAGGCAAGGUGGACAUCCAGAAAGGCUGCCUACACGAAAUGAUGUUGGUUUGCCUUGCCUUGGCUUUUCGCGCAUCCCAGCACAUCUACAAAAUGCUGUGGAUAGAUGAGUCCUUGACAGCUGGAGAGAAUGGUGUUGAGGACGACGUGGCGGAUCUAAACCUGACGGAUUCGGAGGGCCUUGCGCCCGAUUGGUCUCGUUUUCAGAUACCGGAGACGAAGCUGUUCGAAGCCGCAAGGUUUCUGUUCGAUCAGAAGAACAUCUCGCAGGACGAACUGAUGGCCUACAUUCAAGCUCACCGGAUGAUCAAGACGUCAGAAAUUCCUGAACCAUCAACCUAUGCUGCUGUCCGUCAACAGUGUCGUAUCGAUCCGGCUAACUGGAGGUACUACCUGAGGACAAUCUCGCGUAUGAGCCUCCUGGUGCUAACCUUUGCGCAUGUGGCCGAUCUCAGCGAUGCGAAAAAUUUGUUGAUCAAUCGAGAUAUUCCUGUUCUCAACCUUGAAGAUACAUACUUGGAGGAAAAAAUCUGGCGAUGGGAUGGAAAGAAAUGCCUACGGAUCAGAAGCGAUACCUGGUUCCGGACCUAUCUCGCGCUCGCAGCCGACAAACUUCCGAACUAGGGCCCGCGUGGGGAUAGAGUUGCAUCGCUGGACCAGGCAUAUUUUUCGUCAAACAUGGAGUCCCCUGCAGGAAUGGCGUCAGAAGGCGUCGGAUAGUGGAUCAUAUCGUUCCUAUCCCCGGGAAGGGCUUUGCUGAUGAACGUAUGCCGACAUAUUCGGCUGGCGAUCGAGUCAACCUGAGAUCCAGAACUCCCACGGCUUUUGGGCGCUCCUUCUGCG